AACCCUGUGACGUUAUUUUGUUAUCUUAAAGAUGGCGGCGCCCAUGUUUUUUGUGGAGUUAUGGUUGUGUAAUUAAAAAAUAUGCGUAUGUGGGAUAUAAAUAAGAGAAAUCUAAAAGGAGAAUUUUAAUUCGUUUUAGAAUUUACAGUACUGGCGUUUGACACAGUGAAAUCUUCUUCAGCUUUAACAAAUGAAGGAAAAUAAGGAAAAUUCUACCCCCGUUACCCCUACUACAAGCCAGGACCAUAUCAAACCAUGCUGGUACUGGGACAAAAAAGAUCUGGCACACACACCAUCGCAAUCUGAAGGUCUUGAUCCAGCAACCGAAGCACGGUAUCGGAGAGAAGGCGCACGAUUCAUUUUCGACGUCGGGACACGUCUGGGGCUGCAUUAUGAUACACUUGCAACUGGUAUUAUAUAUUUCCACCGUUUCUACAUGUUUCAUUCCUUCAAACAGUUUCCUAGAUAUGUGACAGGAGCUUGCUGUUUGUUUUUAGCUGGUAAAGUGGAAGAAACACCCAAGAAAUGUAAAGAUAUUAUUAAAACAGCUCGGAGUUUAUUGAAUGAUGUACAGUUUGCACAGUUUGGUGAUGAUCCAAAGGAGGAAGUUAUGGUCUUGGAGAGAAUUUUACUGCAGACAAUAAAAUUUGAUCUACAGGUGGAACAUCCAUACCAGUUUCUUCUCCGAUAUGCAAAGCAACUGAAAGGUGACAAAAAUAAAUUGCAGAAAUUGGUGCAGAUGGCUUGGACAUUUGUAAAUGACAGUUUAUGCACUAUGCUUUCAUUACAAUGGGAGCCAGAAAUAAUUGCAGUUGCCGUUAUGUAUCUUGCUGGUCGUUUGUGCAAGUUUGAAAUGCAGGAAUGGACAUCUAAGCAGAUGUAUCGCAGAUGGUGGGAACAAUUUGUGCAAGAUGUUCCAGUGGAGUUACUUGAAGACAUCUGCCAUCAGAUUCUAGAUCUCUACUCUCAAGGCAAGCAGCCAAUUCCACAGCAGCCUCCAAUGCAAGAGAAGGAAAAACCUCAGCCAUCGCCACAGCAAGUUCAGCCUCCUCCACCACAGCCGAUUCAGACUACGACCCAGAUUCAGACAGGCCCAACUAAGAAAACCUCACCACAGGCCAGUCCACCAAAGCAAAUCAAGAGACCUCUUGUGGUUUCACCAAAGGAGGAAAAUAAAGCAGCAGGUAUACAAGAACCAGUCCCUUCUAAAAUUCCCAGACUGGAAACUCCUCUUCCUCCAUUACCAAAUGUGCAACCUCCCCCAGAACGCAAACCUCCUUCUGUGGUGGCACCACCUGUAGUGGAAACAGAAAUGGCAGCAACUGGUGAUACUAUUGAAAUACCUAAAGGUCCAGCUCCUCCUCCGCCUCACCAAGCUCCAGUACACCAGCCACCUCCAAUACCUCAUCGGCCACCACCCCCUCCUUCCAGCUACAUUCUGGGAAUGUCCACUUCAAGUUCGUAUAUGUCUGGGGAAGGUUUUCAGAAUCUACAGUCAAUGAUGAAGACAGAAGGUCCUUCCUAUGGGACAAUGCCUCCUGCCUAUGGACCGCCAAUGCCAUAUCAUCCACAUGUUUACCCACCUAAUGCACCACCUCCAGUGCCUCCGCCUCCUGCUAAUUACCCGCCUCCAAACCUGCCUCCUCCAACUCCUGCCUAUCCACCUCCGGGUUAUAAUCAUAAUUACCCCCCACCUCCAAGGAUGCCACCCGGUCAUGGUGUUCCACCUCCAGGAUUAGGAAUUCCAUCAGCCACCUUCCCACCACCACCUGGACCCCCUGGGGGGCAGCCUCAAGUACCACCCCCAUUACCUCCACCUGGAAUGCCUCCUGUAGGUGCUAUGAACCGAGGUGGUUGGCUAAGAUAGAAAGGGAAUAAAAUAAGGAGAAGACUACAUGCAGCAGUGGAAUAUGUUAGUCUGUCAAAGUUUUGAGUAGGUAAGACAGCUAGAAUUUGCUUGCAAAAAUGUUAACAUACGAUUAGGAGUUAUGUGAUUUUUUUUAUUAUUAUUAUUAUUAUAGAAAUAAUAAAGGAUCUUGCAAGCAGCAAUGCAGUUAAAUUAGAAAAGCUGUAGAUUGCUUUUUUGAUGGGAUG